AUGGCCAAACGUGGAAAGGGAAGUACGGGAGGGAAUUUGGAACCCCUUCCAUUUGUCCGAAAAUUCGGACCCGACGCUGACAAUGGAGAUAAUGAACCAGCCCCGCCACCCCCAGAUCUUAUGGAAUUUAGUGUCGCGCCCCCACCGAUGAUCAAAGAAGAGACUGCCGAUGAAAUUCAGAAGGCCGGAGAUGGCUCAAAUGGCCAUGAGAAGUCGUUGGAUCGAUCGAAGGAACGAUCAAGGGAGAAAGAUGAAAGAAGAAGGUCGAGGUCCAGAAGCAAGGAGAGGAAGAAACGACAUAGAAGGAGUCGAUCAGGCUCAAGACGUCGGUCGAGUAAGCGGUCGAGGUCCAGAUCCAAGGAAAGAGAGAGGAAACACAGAAGAAGUAAGGAAUUUUAUUGUAGCGGGAAGUCAAAAGGGGAAAUUUAGUAUCUCAGACGGUCUGAGAUUGUGAGGAAACGUGGGAGUCUAGGUUGUAGGGCCAGUCAAGUUAGUUUGGAUCAAGAUAAAUCAGUUUUGUGGUAUUAACAUUGGGGAAAAAUGUUAGGUUUAAAUUUUUUCCAAUGAUUUUCGAAAAAUUUUCUAAUUUUGGAAGAUAGAGGGCAUGGAAGUCAGAAUGUUGUGGCUGAUAGUGUGUAAUAGGCAUAAUUUGGCAGCCAUAAGGCAACAAAUUUGUGAUUAGAUAAAAUUUUGGAAAAAAGUUGGAAAAAAUUUUUACAACUGAUCCAGUGGCAAAAGACGUACCAUUUUGCAUCCGGGAAGUAUCAAAAAUUGUAGCAAAAUGUCUCACUCUCCAAGUAAAAAACUUUUUUUUGUGAUGGAAAGGACGCGCCUUUCAAAUCGGAGUUUUUUAGUUGGAGAGAGAGAGGCAUUUUGCUACAUUUUUGGUACUUCCCGGAUGAAAAAUGGUACGUUUUUUGCCACUGGAUCUUGUCCGCCACUUUAAAAUGGUUAUUUUUUGGAUAGUUCUACUCUACGACCUGCUGGAAAUGAUUCAUUGACUAGCUCUGCAUUAUGAGUUUCCGAUAUUAAUCCUGACAUCAACUUUUUAGGAAGCCGGUCCCGAGAUCGGGACCGUCGUGACCGGGACAGAGAUUACGACCGAGACUAUGAUCGUCGACGAGACGACGACCGCCGUCGUGACGAUCGACCACCACCACCUCCAAUCAACCCGGAUGAUCCAGUGCAUCAGGUCACCCAAGUCCUCCCACCCCAUAUGAGAGGCUCAGUGGUGGCUCAAAGCCUUUUGGUGAAGCCAGAAGCCCUCAAAGAAGUGAUUGGAGAAGCGUUCUCGGAAGUGAAGGAGAAAUCAGGAGUGGAUCUAACUGUAGCCUUGCCUGAGGACAUUGCGAAACAAGCGGAAAGGGAACGAAAACGAAAAUCCAGAUGGAGCAACACUAAAAGUUUCGUCCCAGGAAUGCCUACAAUGCUGCCGCAGAAUCUCGAUGAAACUCAGCAAAAAUGUUAUUUACGUAAGGAUUUAGUGAUUUGAAAUGAUGGCAGAUCAAGAAGAUGUCUUAUCGACUUGAUUUUCCAAGCCGAAGGACCAAGUCUAACAUGGAUAAUAUAAUAAAUUCUUCAGUUUUAAGAAAAUUUUCAAAAUUUUGAUGGUUAUUUUGAAGCGUUUUGGAACAGGGAAAGCCAUUUUAGACUGGUUCCCGAAGGCGUUUUGUUAAUUUCCAGGAAAAAUUUGAGCUUUACACCUUGUUGUACCUUAUUUUAUCCACUAAAAUCUCAAGUUUAGCUUCCUUUUUCUCAUAAACGACGCGUUGAACGAGGAAAUGGAUCGUUAAUAAUUUGUAUCGAAUAAUUUAAUUUCAGUUCAAUUGGAGAUUGAAGAAGCCACCAGGAAACUUCGACUGGGCGACUAUUUGGGAGCCGAGAAUGAAAGGUUUGAUAUUGAUUAAUUUGCUUCAUUUGAAAGGUUGUUUUUGGAUAGCAUUGGGAGGAUUGAGAAUGAUAUAGGGUUGUGGGAUAUAGUAAGGCUUUAUUGAGGGGUUGAAUGGGGAUUGGAAUUAUUUUUAUAUUAUUCAUGAGGAUUUUUUAAAAUUUUUAUUGUUUUUGUUGUUUUAAGAUGAUUUUUGGAUUAUUUAUGAAAGAUCAAGCCUUGUAAUAUAAUAUGAUCACUAUUUGGAGGUUUUUUUAUUGUUAAUGUUCAAUUUAGCCUCGUUUUUAUUCAAUUUUAGGCACUUUUUUCCCGAUUUCGGGCCUUUGAACCCUUGGAAAUGCCACUAAUCCUAAUCUCUAAUCAGUUUUUAGGUAUUUCAGCGUCUUUUCUCUCAGUCUUUUUUGCUAUUGUCAUCCGGUCUAUCUAGAGUUUAGGCUAGAACAUUUGGAUUGUAAUUUAGUAAUGUCUGGCUUUUGCAGAAGCCCCUCGCCUGAACCGAUUUACGACUCGAAUGGUAAACGUCUGAACACUCGGGAUGUACGAAAACGACAGGAACUGGAGGCAAACAGACAUGAGAAGAUUCAACUGCUCCUUAAAUUGAAUCCGGCAUAUAAACCACCAGCUGAUUAUAGGUAAGAAAUGGGAAUAUUGAAUGAAAAAGUAAAGUUUUGGGGGUUUUAUGAGAUGAUUCGGAGUUGUAGAGGCUUAUUUGAGCUUUUGGAAGGGUAAAACGAAGAGAUCAUUGUUUUAAUUGUUUUCGUGGUGGGACCCAAAAGCUUUUUUAAAUAUUUUUUUUUGUUUUUUGGAAUUUCCUGGUGCUAGGUAUCCUAAGGGUGGUUUUGUAUUCUAUUUUUCCAAUUUCAGAGCGCCAAAUAUUCGCCUUCACGACAAGGUAUUCAUCCCUCAAGAUGACCAUCCAGAGAUCAAUUUUGUUGGCCUCCUAAUCGGUCCCAGAGGAAACACCCUCAAGGCAUUGGAACAGGAGGUAACGUACUUCAAUUUGGAAUGCUUUUUAAUAAAGGAAAGAAGUUGUAAUUACAAGAUAUUUUAGACAGAAGCCAAAAUCAUCAUCAGAGGCAAGGGAUCGGUGAAAGAAGGAAAAUUAGGCCGAAGAGAAGGCCCGCUGCCCGGAGAGAAUGAACCACUACAUGCCUACGUGACUGGAACAUCUCAUGCGAUCAUUCAGCGAGCUGUUAAUAAGGUAAAUUUUGAAAUUUUUAACGGAAAAUUUGAGUUUUCGAAAAAAAAGUUUUGUUUUUUAGAUCAAGGAGAUUAUAAACGCCGCUCUGAUGAUCCCAGACGGACAGAAUGAGCUAAGGAAGCUCCAAUUGAGAGAAUUGGCGGUUCUGAAUGGAACUUUGAGACCAGAAGAUAUCCUCGGAGGAACGAGAUGUUCCAAUUGUGGAAGUGACCAGCAUAAGACUUGGGAAUGCAUGGACGGCCCCAAUAUUACGGCGAGUAUUAUCUGCCAAGCUUGUGGAAGCGCUGGCCACAUUGCCAGGGAUUGUAAGAACCCCAACCCGGGCUAUCAAUACGGAGAAAUCGCGGGGAUGGACGAUGAGGUAGGAGAAUUUGGAGAUUGCCAAUGAAUUUAUGAACUUUUGGGACUACUUAUGAAGAAAUAACCUAAUUAGGGUGUAAAAGAGAUCCAUUUGAAAUGGUUUGAAAUAAGCGUUAAACUCGUUUUUUAGUAUUCUGCCCUCAUGGCGGAGCUGGGCGAGAAACCAGCCCAACCUUUUGGCGGCCUAACCCAACAAACCAACCAACCCAAGGAGCGCGUCUACACCUUGCCCUCGGGCGCCCCCAUCCAACGCUACAACAAGAAACAGAACGACCAAAACACCAACUAUUCCACUCAAUCCAACUUUAAUCAAAACACAACCGACUUCUUCAACUCCCAGCCCAACCACAUCGGAACCUACGAUCUCACGGCCGGCUGGGUCCCCCCACCCCCCGCCCCACCCACAUCGAUGGCCCAAUGGGGCCAAUACCCCAUGCCCGUACCCCCGCCACCGGUGGGACAACCGGAUUCGUUUGAAUUCCUCGCCCCACCACCCCCUCCCCCACCCCCGCCAAGUGACGACUACGCCCCCGUCCCACCCCCACCACCCCCGCCACCAAUGUGA